CUCCUCGGGCACCGCUGGGGGAAUCUCCAUCCUCUCUCCGCCUCCCCUCUUGUUUUCCGCUCUUUGCCCUCUUUCGGAUCGUUUAAUCACGGCCCGGGAGGGAGGGAGCGCAGACAGAGGGGAAAGAAAAGAGGGAUUUGGGUGAGCGCAGCGGGGCCGGACGGGAGGGGCGGCGCUGCCGCGGGGAGCGCACGGUGGCCGAGAGGGGGGACGGGGCGCGGCCGGGCCUUGGAUGGUGCUUCCCACGGGGAAUGAGAAUGGGGAAAACUGGAACCAGAAAAAAGAGGCAGCUUCCUUCCUGCUUGCCAUCGGUGCCGCCCUCAGCCUGAGAGCGGGUGUGGGGUGGUGUUGGAAAGCUCCUGUCCGGCCCGCCCCGAGGGGACAGCGCUGCUACCCUGGGGCGCUCCCGAGGGGCGGGCAGCACCUGAGCAGUGCAGGGGGUGAAGGCACCGUCGUUAGUGCGGGGACGAACUGCAGCUGAUGGUGCUGCUCAACGUGACGUGGUACCGGCUGAGAGACAGGUGUGGACCAACUUUGGCAGCCACCAGUGCAAUGGUAUCUUGAGAUCCAGAGAAGAUGCAGUGGAAGUGAAGGAGGGAGGGCACUGGGUGCCCUGAGGUAGGAGUGCCCUCUUGCAGCAGCUAUGUUACACUAUGGCUGGCAGCUCUAUGGGAGGUGGUGCCGCUGGUCCAGUCCUUUCAUCCACCUUCUCACUCUGACUGUGGUGACAUUUGGUGUGCUGGCUCCUCUGAUUUGCCACCGACUCCUCUACUCUUAUUUUUAUUUGCGGCGCUGGCACCUGAAUCCCAUGAGCCAGGAGUUCCUGAGGCAGAACCAGCUGGAGGGUCAGGCAGCCCUCCAUUAUUUUGAGAAGCUGCAGAUAUCAAAUAUCUCCAAGGACUCCGACAGUGAAACCUUUCGGCCCUUGCUGCUGGUCACCAUUAUCACUGUGCAGAGGCGGGAUGAUUUCCACUAUGUCUUGCAGGUGGCGUCCCGUUUCCACCACCUCCUCCAGCAAUGUGGGACAAAUUGCCAGAGCCACCGUGUCCUUGUCUGUAACGUGGAGCCUGACCCCAGUCGUCAUCAGGAUGUCAAGCUGCUGAGCAGCUUUUUUCCUAUGGUCAGUCGUGACAAAACCGGGGAGGACCCUGAUCCCAGAGUGAACCACUUUGAGAAGGAGAAGCAGGACUAUGUCUUCUGCCUUGAGCAGUCGCUCUUAGCAUAUAACCCAGAAUAUGUCCUGGUAGUGGAAGAUGAUGCUGUGCCAGAGGAAGAGAUAUUCCCUGUCCUGCAGCAUCUCUUCUUAGCCCGAUUCUCCAAGCAGUACCUCAGAGAUGCACUCUACUUCAAACUUUACCAUCCUGAGAGGCUUCAGCAGUACGUCAAUCCAGAGCCCAUGCGAAUCCUCGAGUGGCUGGGUUUGGGAAUGUUUCUGGGGCCUGUGCUGAACUGUGUGUACUCCUGGGCAGCUGGACGCCCGAGCCUGAACUGGCCCAUCAUCUUGUUCUUUGCUGCCUACAGCAUGGCACUCUCAGAGCUGGUGGGACGGCAUUACUUGCUGGAGUUGCGCCGGUUGGCCCCUGUGCUGUAUAAUGUUGUGCCGGUCACAGAGUGCUGCACACCUGCCAUGCUGUUCUCUGCUCCUUCUGCCCGUCGUGCCUUAGGUUACUUGAAGGGGCUGCAGUGUCGCCAGGGUUUUGCUAAGGACAUUGCCCUCUACUCACUGCUGCGCGCGAAAGGGGAGAAUGCCUACGUGGUGGAACCCAACCUGGUCCGGCACGUGGGAAUGUAUUCCAGCCUUCGGCUAAACGACAACCCGAAACUGCUGUGAUGUCUUCAUGCCUUUCUACACACAAAGACCUGAAAACCUUGUCACUGAGCUGAGACACUGCAAUCUCAAAUGCUGAACACCAUGCCAAACAUCCACUGCCAACAAGUGCACAGAAAACAACUCUUGAAAAAGAAGUUUCUCAAGAAAUGAAGCUUAUGUACACGCAGACCCUAAUAUAUAUUUUGAACUAAUCACCAUACAGCAUGUAUGGCUUGGGCUACUUGAUCUUAGUGGUCUUUCCAACCUUAAUGAUUCUGUCAUGCUAUGUGAGAGGGAAGCGGAGGCUUUCAGGUUAUGGUGUGGGUCAUUUACUCUCCUUCACCGUGAUCAAUGAGAAGCUCUCACACCAUUAUGAACAGCUGUACUGCCAACUCUCCUUUGCAUUCAUUACAGAGUUCUCAGCUUAGGGAAGCAGCAAUGCUGGACAAAGUUGAAUGUGUCUAAUUUAAGCUAGUGAGAAGAAAGAGCUCUUAUUUGCCCAUCCUCAUGAAGAUCUGACAUCUGUCCUUUCCAUUUCAAAGCUGUGGUUCUGGGCACAUCUUUCAAAAGCAGCUUGGAUGUAAUGAGAACUUUCCCUGAAAAAUUAUGUAGGUUCUGCAAUUUUUACUAAGAAUUUCAGUAUUUCUUACUGUCUCUCCUUACAGAUCCUGUCUGUACCUAUACCCUUUCCUGUCCUUUUCCUCAGAGCAGAUGCCAUUGGAAACUUGUCUCUGCUGCUUUGUUAAAGGUCAGCUCAGAAGGUUGGAAUGGGAAAGUGGAAUAACAGCCACUGGUGUUACACAGCCACACCACAAAUGCACAGAUGUAUUUCCAGAAAUGGAACAAUAAUUACCACCAUGUUGGUGAGUAUCACCACUAGCUGUAGAGGAUCCAGGUUGUUAAGAGCCUUUAUCAGCUGCUGAUUGGACUUAGACAUUCAACAGGAAUUUACCUUGACUUUCUAUCAGCACAGAAGCAAAGGGAAGAUUAUAUCAGGUGCUGCCAGUGUGGGAUCCUUAUUUCAUUUUGGAACUGUAAUUGACAGCUCUGUCAAAGUGGUCCACUCACUGCUCCUGGCAGCAAGCAAAGUGGCCAUAAGAAACAGAGCUAGCUGCUCAUACAACGAAGCAACACAUCAAAGUGCCACUCCUCUGCUGACCCAUUAACUUAACCUGCUCUGUUUGUCAGGCAUUUGGGAUAGGUACUUUGUACUUUAGCAGUGAGCACAGUUAAAUAUAAAACCAUGGGGAUAACAGAGAUAUCAUAUGAAAUCAGGACUGUCACCAAAAUGUAACUGAAAAAAGCCCUUCCAGACUUGAGUGGGCUUUGAAUCAAAUUCACUUUUAGGUGGAACCUGAUUGAGCUAUACUUGUAACCAGUUCCCUAACUUCAGAAUUAACCAAGCACAGGAUUUUCAUUGAGCUUUGUUCGGGGAGGUUUGUUUGUUUCUUUACUCUUGCCAAAGGAAGAACUCUACUUUGAAUUUUAUUUUUCUCAGUCUCUACCAGGUGACUUAAGCCUUUAGCUUUUAAUAAGUCUGGAUGUAGGUGGGAAAGGCAUAAAAAUCUUGAGAGGUGAAUCAUCUGCAGGCCUCCAGCUGUGUGUCCAUAGCGGGUACUGAACACUCAGUACACGUGCUCCACACAGGUUAGCCAGUUAGAAAUGGCUUCACAGCCUGGGGCAGUGCGUGCUCAAACUGAUGAACUUUGCUCGCUUAGUAGAUCAGCUAGGACACUUUGAUAUCUUCCUUGCAAAUCAGAUGUGAAUAAAGCUUGCUUGUGGAUUCCAUGUCAUUCCAAAGGCCAAACAUCUCUUCUGCCAGAAGACACAGAAAAGAUUGCACAGGCAGAACUCUUAAGUUCAUUCUUAGCUGCUGAAAAUCCCAAAGAUAUCACAAUGGUCACACAGAACCACCAGUGGCAGGUGGGCAAGCCUAUACUUGGGCUUUAUGAUAACAAGGUAAGAUGGCAGGAUGUGAGUGUCACUUUCUAUUAAUUCCACUAAGUGCCUGCACCUGCAAGUACAACUUGUUUCUUACGCUUCUUCAGCUUUGAAUGUGUCAGUGUGGUAUGCUUUCUCUUCACUCUUUUUUUUUUUUUUUUUUCAACUUUAACCUGUACAAAUCCAGAACAACACCCCAUUAUUUUCAUGAUUUUCCACUCAUUCUUGCAAAGCAAAUCUCACUGUAAAGUGCAAUUUGGAUACUAGGAAGAUUUUUUUCUCCAAACAAAUGGUCAGGUGCUGGAACAAGCAGCCAAGAGAGCUGUUCAAGUCACUGACCAUGGAGGUGCUCAAGAAACAUUUAGGUGCUGUACUGAGGGACAUGGUUUAGUGGGAAGUAUUGGUGAUAAGUUGAUGAAUCUUGGAGGUCUUUUCCAGCCUUUGUGAUUCUAUGAUUCUGUGAUUCUAUAAUAAGUGGGAUAGAGAAAGAAAAACUGAAAGGAGGAAAAGGAUUUAAGGAACCUUAGAUAAGAUUGCAAUCAGCUAUAUGGAGUCAAUAAAUAUUUUGAUGUGGGAAAUUAUAUAUCAGUUUGUCUCCAUGUUGUUUUCCUUUUAUUUUGCCCUGUAUUACACAGUCUGUUGUUACAGUAGUCAGUAAUUUCACUAAGCUUCAUAUUUGAGAACGUGAACUUCAAGCAUCCCACUAAAACUAGAAAGCCGUUUACAGAGCAAAACAGCCAAGAGAGUUUGGCUGGGAGAAUCAUUUGCAAACAGCGUUUGGAGGGGCAACAACUCCAACCUGUCAGUGAAGGAGUUCCUGAUAAGCCACUUAAGUGCCCAGUUCACCUUUACAGUGGAGGUGGUUCUUUCACUUGAGCCAGCUGGGAGCUAUUCCUGAGUUAUUUGGGUACUUAGUGCCCAUCACGAUGUUGUAACAUCACAGACAAGCAUAUCUUCUGUGCUUUGGAAUGCUGAAAAUGACUACAUGCUGUAAAAGAAAUGACAAUUUGGAGAACCAUGUUUUGCCUUUGGAGGGGAAUAAAAAAAGGGGGAAGUUACUGUUAAUUCCAAAUUCCUACAGGAUUUCAUUCCACAGUGUGGGCUACAAGAGCAUUUUCAAACACCAAAGUCAUUUACUUCUGCAUCAGGAGAGUGGGGCUGAGUUGUCAUAUCUCAGACUAUGUAAGAUCAAGCAUCAUCUCCUUGAAACACAGCCUUGAGGUUGUUCUGACUCACAUUCAAAAAAUCAGACCAACCAUUUCUGAAAUAAUAUGGGUUUUGUUGAAUGUUGCUUCUGGACUAUUUUUCAACUCAGCACUGGAGCAUUCCUGCUUCAUGGGACAGACAGCAGGACUCAAAAUUCAGGGAAAAUUAUUCAAUUAAACAAAAAACUACCUCUGUUUCCAAAGCAUUUCCAACAUUAGCACAUAAGCACGAUUCCUGGCAGACAACAAAGCAUAAAA